AGAGUCGUGGCUUCCUCGCACAGAUAAAAAGGCGAGGAGGCAUUUCCCCGGUUUCCUCUCUGUCCGGGUCCAGGCCAGCACGAACUACGCCCACAACGAACUUUUAGCUGUGUUUAGCUUAAGCCACCCACCACUCGCACUCGCGUACGUACUCGUCGCAUGUGAGUUAGCUUUGGUCGCCGGCAUGGCGCUCACGGCGGCGGCGGCGAGCGGCGGCGACGCGCACGACGACGAGUACGCGAAGCUGGUGCGGGGGAUGAACCCGCCGAGGGUGGUGGUGGACAACGAGGCGUGCGACGAGGCGACGGUGAUCCGGGUCGACAGCGUCAGCAGCCACGGCACGCUGCUCGCCGUCGUCCAGGUCAUCGCCGACCUCGGCCUCGUCAUCCGCAAGGCCUACUUCUCCUCCGACGGCAGCUGGUUCAUGGACGUGUUCAACGUCACCGACCGCGACGGCAACAAGGUGCUCGAUGACCAAACCAUCUCCUACAUCCAAACGACGCUGGAGGCGGAUGACUGGUACUACCCGGAGGUGAGGAACACGGUGGGGAUCGUGCCGGCGGAGGAGUACACGGUGAUCGAGCUCACCGGCACCGACCGACCGGGGCUCCUCUCCGAGGUGUGCGCGGUGCUCGCCGGCAUGCGCUGCGCCGUGCGGAGCGCCGAGCUGUGGACGCACAACACCCGCGUCGCCGCCGUCGUGCACGUCACCGACGACGGCGGCUCCGGCGGCGCCAUCGAGGACGAGGCCCGCAUCGCCGACAUCAGCACCCGCCUCGGGAACCUCCUCCGCGGACAGAGCGGCGUGCGCGCCGCCGCCGCCGCCGCUCCGGGCGGGCUCACCCACAAGGAGCGCCGCCUCCACCAGAUGAUGUUCGACGACCGCGACUACGACGGCGGCGGCGGCGCCGCCUCCUCCUCGCCGCGGGGGCGGUCCCCGACCCCGGCGACGGAGGUGUCCGUGACGCCGUGCGCGGAGCGCGGGUACACCGCGGUGGUGGUGCGGUGCCGGGACCGGCCCAAGCUGCUGUUCGACACGGUGUGCACCAUCACCGACAUGGGGUACGUCAUCCACCACGGCGCGGUGAGCAGCGAGCCCCGCGGCGGCGCGUACCAGGAGUACUACAUCCGGCACGUCGACGGCGACCCCGUCCGCUCCGAGGCGGAGCGGCAGCGCGUGGUGCAGUGCCUCGAGGCCGCCAUCGAGCGCCGCACCGCCGACGGGCUGGCGCUGGAGGUCCGCACCGGCGACCGCGCCGGCCUCCUCUCCGACGUCACCCGCAUCUUCCGCGAGAACGGCCUCACCAUCCGCCGCGCCGAGAUCUCGUCGGAGCGCGGCGAGGCCGUGGACACGUUCUACCUCUCCGACCCGCAGGGCCACCCCGUGGAGGCCAAGACGAUCGACGCCAUCCGCGCGCAGAUCGGCGAGGCCACGCUGCGUGUCAAGCACAACCCCUUCGCCGACGGCGAUGGCGCCGGCGGCGGCGGCGGCGGCGCCACCGAUGACGUCGCUGGCUCGACGGCGUUCCUCUUCGGGAAUCUCUUCAAAUUCUACCGGCCGUUCCAGAACUUCAGCCUCAUCAAGCUCUACUCCUAAUUAAUUUACUCCAACCUGGGUUAAUUAAUUAGCUGUAAAUAAUUACUUAGUUAGUUAGUUUUAUGUUUUUUUCUUCUAGAUUUUACUGUAAAUAUGAUUUCAGAUUUAUGACGACGACGAAGAUGAUGUAGGCUGGGUGGUGUAAAUAGGUUUACACAUGGUACAAAACAUAGGGGGAAAGUUAAUUCAAAAUUUAGGUCAGGGAAAAAAAAUCAUGUAGGAUUAGUUUCAUCAGUAUACUGGCAUUGGGGGUAUACAGUCGCUGUAAAUAUUCCAUCUUGUACAUGUAUUCAUGGAAGGAAUACAAAGAAUGAAACAAAAGCUUGUAAAUAUUUCAUA